AUGUAUCCUUCGAGUGGUGCGCCAAUGGCUCACCCUCAGAAGCCCGAAACGUUCAUGCUUUCGAAUGAGGCCCAGCAAAGCCUGCCCCAGGAUGCGCAAGUCGCCCUGCAGCAAGUGGACAACCUCAAAUACUUUCUCAUCUCGGCUCCGGUAGACUGGAGCCCGGACUCUUUGAUCAGGAGAUUUCUCCUCCCUACCGGCGAAUAUGUCUCCUGCGUUCUAUGGAACAAUCUCUUCCACAUCUCCGGCACAGAUAUCGUCAGGUGUCUAUCUUUCCGUUUUCAAGCAUUCGGUCGACCAGUGAAGAAUCCCAAGAAAUUCGAGGAAGGCAUCUUCUCAGACCUGCGAAAUCUCAAGUCCGGCACGGACGCGUCUCUAGAGGAACCCAAGAGUCCGUUCUUGGACUUCUUGUACAAGAACAACUGCAUCCGAACACAAAAGAAGCAAAAAGUGUUUUACUGGUACAGCGUGCCUCAUGAUCGCCUGUUCCUCGAUGCUCUCGAGCGAGACUUGAAGCGCGAGAAGAUGAACCAGGAGGCGACGACAAAGGCCGUGGCAGAGCCGGCACUGUCAUUCGAGUUCGACUCCUCCCAGUCACUCUUCGAGCAACUCACCAAGGCUCAACAAGCCAGUUCCUCAUCUUUCGCGACCGCGAAUGGAACCGUGCCGUACUCCCAAGCCCCUUCUCCUGUGCUCCGCGCAACGGAUUCAAUGCCCCCUCCACAGAUGGGCCCACCACACAUGCCCCGAUCGCAGGAGCAGCAACAAUCUCUGUACACAAGCAUGGCCAUGUCCAACCCCAUUCACACCACAGCGAUGUCACGAGAGCAGGAUUUCUCCCAGAUCGCCUAUGACCGAAAUGGUGUCGCAUAUGACCGCGCACACAUCCGACAUGCGUCCAUGCCUGCGGCUUAUAUGGAGUACUCUCCGGCCCCUUCCUUCGUUUCGUCGCAUUUCGAGGACUACAGCACUCGUGGUCUCUCAUACGAACCCAUCACUCCCCCCCAGCAUGCGAUGCCGGUCGGCACAGAGCCGGCCUACAUCGCCAACGAAGACACCGGCCUCUACUCGGCCAUUCCAGAGAUGCAGCCGAUGUCUGCGUACAAUCCGAUGGCUUCGCUUCCUCCUGCCACAAUGGCUGGUCCGACUUAUGCAAGUGCUCCCCGAACAUUUCCACCGGGGAACGUCUACUCGGUCAUUGAAGGUUCUCCCACCUACAAAGCCCGGAGGAGGCGAUCUUCUAUUCCUUCAUCCAUCAUGAAUGCUGUUGCUGCCAACGCCGUUGCCCAGGUCACGCACGGUAUGAAAGCUCAUGUUCCGCAGAGGCCUAGCGAUCUUCGACGGUCCAUGUCUAGCUCUGUUCUCCCUAUCGCUGAAGGGGACGAAUCAGCCGGACAGUCUCCGCCAGGCCUGGCUCACAGCUAUGCAUCCUCCAUCAUGAACCGGGAUCAUCUGAAUGACGCUUCCCGUCAUUCGACUCCUCUACACAGCUUAGAGGAAGAUGCUGCGCAUACAUUCGCCAUGGCUGGAAUCAACGGAGAUGAUAUGCAGGCCCACUCACUACAGGCCAGCCCCGCCGUCCGGUUGGAAAGGCCAGGACCCGUACGAAGGGCACGAAGCGCGACCAUGAUGGAACUCGGGGUACCUUAUAAGUCCCAUUCGUGUCCUAUCCCAAGCUGUGGCCGACUCUUCAAGCGCCUCGAACAUCUCAAACGACACGUCCGAACCCAUACUCAAGAGCGGCCCUACGUGUGCCCAUACUGCAACAAAGCAUUCUCACGAUCCGACAAUUUGGCACAACAUCGUCGAACACACGAAUCGCAACAAGAUGGUCAGCCUGCUCCCAUGACCAGCGAAGAGGAACUGGAAAAUGAAGAAAAUGACUUCGGUUCCAUGGAAGAAUUAUCCUCUCCGGACGAAGUCACCCGGCCCAUGAGUGUUUCUGGCAUGGUUGCCAUGUCGAUGCCUCCGCCAUCAACACUUGUUAUGCAAUCCAUGUCUCAUCCGAUGAUGGCCCCCAGUCAACUUGUUCAACCUUCGAUGUUGCAGAAUCUGUAA